AUGGAUAUCAACACCAGCUUGGAAGACGUUGUUUCGGUGCUGCAGCAGAUUCUGUCCGCACCUGGUUUGCCUACUUCACUGAACACAAAUGGCGACAGCAGCAGGAACGUUGCUUCCCAGGGUGUGCUACCAGAGCGCAUACCCCAGCUCAAGGCAGCCAACAUCCUGGAGGCAGGACUGGAGAUGAAUUCUCGCCCAGACUCCUCCUCAUCUGCGGGCAGUGCACUCCAAGCAUUGGCCCAUCAUCUCAGCUCUGACAUUCUACCGUAUCUCAACCGCCAAUCACUGUCUCCAAACUACUACGGGUUCAUCAUAGGCGGGGCAACACCGGCGGCCCUGCUGGGGGACCUGUUGGCCGUGGUCUACGAUCAAAACGUGCAUGUGCAUCUGCCCGGCGACACGAUUGCGACGGCGGUGGAAGUCCAGGCGUUGAACCUGCUCAUGCAGCUGUUCCGACUGCCCCAAGAGGAGUGGGCGAUCGGCGGGGCUGGGCCCGGUGGAGGCUUGUUCACGACGGGCGCCACCGCCAGCAACAUCUUGGGGCUGGCCCUAGGGAGAGAAUACGUGAUUCGGAGGGCGCUGGAGAUAAAGGGUACCGCUGGGGCUGGAACGGACUCUUUCAGUGUGGGUGAAUGUGGCAUGGCGGAAUUGAUGGCUCUCGCUGGUGUGCGCAGAUUGCAAGUAUUGAGCACGUUGCCGCAUUCGAGUGUCGUCAAGGCUGCUGGAGUGUUAGGCAUUGGUCGCAGGAAUGUCAUUUCCCUGGCAAGGGGAGACGAUCCCCUGCAGAUUGACUUGGACAAACUUGAGACCGAGGCAACGAGGGAAGGAGUUCUGAAUAUCCUUGCUAUAUCCGCGGGCGAGGUAAACACCGGCCGGUUCGCGACAAGUUCCCUGGAAGAGAUGUCGAAACUCCGCAACCUUUGCUCAGAACAUGGUAUUUGGAUUCACGUGGACGGGGCAUUCGGCUUGUUCGGUCGGCUGUUCUCCCCAGAGGAUGCUGAACAUAGCGAGAUUGUGCGUGGAGUAGCGGGUCUGGAACUUGCAGAUUCAAUAACGGGCGACUGCCAUAAGUUGUUGAAUGUGCCUUAUGAUUGCGGCAUGUUCUUCACUAGGCACAAGAGUCUUAGUGAGAACGUCUUUCGGAAUGGGACCGCGGCUUAUCUCACGAGUGGUCUUAGCGGAGGGGACGAAAUUCAGACACCUCUCAACAUUGGCAUUGAGAACUCCCGGCGGUUUCGCGCUUUGCCAGUCUAUUCCACAAUCAAGGCAUAUGGUAGAGAAGGAUACGUAGAAAUGUUGAAGAAACAGGUCGGCCUUGCGAGACGGGUGACUCAAUGGCUCCUGAACGACAACCGAUUCGAAGUUUUGCCUCGUGGUUCUUCUGAAACUGAGACCCUGGCAAAGACUUUCAUGGUCGUUCUCUUCAGAAUGAGGGAUGAAAACCAGAGCAAGGAUUUCGUCAAGAGGAUCAAUGCCACAGGGAAGAUAUUUGUCAGUGGCACUGUCUGGGACGGGCGACCUGCUGCUCGAAUAGCAGUGAGCAACUGGCGUGUUGAUAUUGACAGGGAUGCCAGGCUCAUCCAAGAAGUUUUGGACCAAGUUGCUAGAAAUUGGUGA